UUGGUGGGUUCAUUGUUCAAUUUGGUUGUUGGGUCGGGUCGGGUUACAUGAGAGAAAAGGUAAAAGAAAGAGAAAAAAAGUUACUGAAAAUAGAAGAAAGAUACAUAUUGUUUGAUUGUGGAUGCCUUUAUUACUUGAGUUGAGUCAGUUAUUACUUUACCAGCUUUAUUUAGAUAGAGAGAAUAGAAUAGAACAAUACUCACUCACAGUCACAGACACACACAAAUACAAUUUUAUUUUAUUUUUUAGUUUUAGUGAGAAAUAGAAUAUUAGAAUAUUAUUAUUAUUAUUAUUUACAAAUAAAUAAAUAAAUAAAUAUAGGAUUUUUGGGUUUAGCUGUGCGUUGUGUUGUUGUGAGGUCUCUUCUUUGCUAAACAAACUGCUUUGCCUUUCCUUGCUUACUGUUCUAUCACCAUUAUCAUAUCGUAUCCUCUCUCGAAUUGGAUUUGGAUUUGGAUUUGGAAUUGGAAUUGGAAUUCGAUUCGAUUCAAUUCAAUUCAGUUUCAAUCAAAUUUCAAUUUCGAUUUGAUAAUAAGAAUAGAAGAAGAAGAAGAAGAAAGUAAGAAAGGUGAAGCAGAGAUGGGGGAUGAGAAAUCCAUAGAAGAACAAAUAGGGAAAGCAGUGGAAGAGGCCAAGGACUUGCAUGAAGCCGCUGUCUCCUUCCUUUCCAAGACUUCCACCGACGAACAAUCCCUUCGACACCGUGCUCAGUCCCUCGAUUCUUCCCUUCGCCGCCUUCGCUCUUCCCUUCCUUCCCUCACUCUUUCCGAUCCCAAGCUCGCUGAAAAGCUCGAAGAAGAUUUGCACCGGACCAGAUGUCUCCUCGCCGAUGGAGACGCCGCUUCUUUUCUUCCUGCCAAAGCUCAUGGUCGCUUUCUGAGAAUGUUUUUGGGUCCUAUUAAUGUCCGUGCAUCUCGCAAGGACAUUCAGUUGAAGGUCAAAGAGGAGUACAACAGCUAUAGGGAUAGAACUGCCCUCCUCUUUCUUCUAUUCCCAUUUAUUCUGCUUAUUUUGAGAUCUUGGAAAUGGGAUGGAUGCUUGCCAGCAUUCCCAGUUCAGCUAUAUCAGGCUUGGCUGUUGUUCCUAUACACAGGUCUGGCAUUGCGUGAAAACAUACUUAGAGCGAAUGGAAGUGACAUUCGUCCAUGGUGGAUAUACCAUCAUUAUUGUGCUAUGCUCAUGGCUCUUGUUAGUCUCACUUGGGAGAUCAAAGGACAGCCAAAUUGUUCUCAGAAGCAGAGAGGGGUACAACUUUUCCUAAUAUGGGCUAUGAUGCAAGGAGUAGCUAUGCUUUUACAAAAUAGAUAUCAACGCCAAAGACUCUAUACUCGUAUUGCAUUGGGAAAGGCUAAAAGGAUGGAUGUAGUUUGGGGAGAAACUGCUGGUGUAGAUGGUCAGUUGUGGGUGCUCUGUCCUAUACUCUUUAUUUUGCAGGGUUUUGAAGCCUAUGUUGGACUACUAUUGCUCAGAACCGCAUUGGAUGGGGUUGUUUCUGAAUGGCAGGUGAUAUUUUGUGGGAUCCUUUUGGUGCUAAUGGCAAUUGGGAACUUUGUAAAUACAGUACAGACACUGAUGACAAAAUCAAGGUUCAAGGCAAAAAUGAAAAGAAGCAAGAGCAAGCAUGAAUUAUAGUAUUAUUAUUAUUAUUAUUAUUAUUUUUGUUAUUAUAGCAGGGCAUUCAUUCUCCAAUCUAAUCAAAUCCAAUCCAAUCAUCCAAUCAUCCAAGUUGUUAGAAUCAGUCAAACUCAGAGCUUUAUACAAUCUUCUAACUUUUGGAUGUAUGUUGAUCAAACAGACCCAUGUCAUUAAGAGCCUCCAGAGCCAGUGGAAGUGUCUUUUUUCAUAUAAAAAAGAAAAAAAAAUGUUGAUUCCGACAUUAAUACGGAUGUAUGAUCGAUGAUGAUUUGAGCCAUUUAUAUGGUGUUGCAUGAAGUAGUAGUAGUAGUGGUUUUUGUGUUA